GCUACACACAUGAGCCUGUCUGCUCCCGGGAUUAUCUAACCACUUCUGAAUCUGAUGAAGAAAUGCAGGCAUGAGCAGGGUUAGUGGCUGUAGAAUCCCAGUGCAAGAAGAGACCAGCAAUGGACUAUAGCCGGACAGACGCUAACCUGGCUUUCUCUGCAAAACUGUCAUCCUAAACAAGACCAGGUUCACAGAAUGCUGAGUCCCAUUGUCUCCUAUAGCCUGUUAAAGAUGCACUGGAACCCAGAGCAUGCCCAGCCCCUGAGCCAGUGGCCUGAGCAACAUUUGGAUGUGUCCUCCACCACCUCUUCCCCCGCCCACAAGUCAGAGCUUUACCCCAGCCGCAACCGUGGCUCUUACAGCUACGCAUGGGCAAACGAUGACAUCUCGGCCCUCACUGCCUCCAACCUUCUGAAGCGCUAUGCCGAGAAGUACUCGGGCGUGCUGGAUUCGCCCUACGAUCGCCCCACAGUGAGCACCUACCCAGAACCAGGGGCCUUUGGAGCCCUCAACGGAAGCCAGAAGAGCGAAUUGGAGCCCUGGCCGCUGACGCACAGCACUGAAGGAACGUACCCGCUGGUGCCCCCUUCCGCACACGAUGCCCUUACUGGGCCCAAGGUGGUUCCGACGUCGGCAGGCCCACCUGGCUCGGGCAGCGUGUCGGCAGCAGUCAACAGCAACCUGUCAGACUCUGGAUACAGCGGGAGCAGCUCCUGUAGCGGCCCCCACUCUAGCGAAUACCCCCCUAGCUACAAUGGCACCUACCUCUCGUCAGGGUACUGUCCCCAACCAAGCUCAGCACUUCCUCCAGCCUCCCUACAUGCUUUGCAGCCCACUCCAACCCUCGUACCCAGUUAUGCACCCUCUGCCCCUGUCUACAACUACCCACCCAGCAGCUACCCUCAUCAGACCAGCUUAGUUCCCAGCUACAGCCACCCCCCAACUCCCUACCUACCCUCUGGGCUGGCUGCACCCACUCCUCUAACCUCACGGCCCACCGUGGUAGGAGGCAGCUACGGCUACCAGAACACCAGUCUGGGCAGCUCGGAGCCCGUGGGAUCGUUAAAGAGAAAGGCAUUUGAGAUGACCCUGGAGGAGGACGACGGGGAUAGCUCGCGCUACAGGAAGUACGGGUACGAUCCCAUGAAGCCAGGUGGCGACUCGCCCUACAGCGUCGGCGACAAAGGGGAGUGUCGCGGGAACGGCUUCAGUGCAACCAGCACGGAGGCACAGGCUUUCAAGCCCAACAAGCCCUCAUCCCAGCCUGCCAUUGGGGGAGAGGAGGUGGGAAAAUACAGUGGGAUGAAGCCCCUGGUCUCACCUCCCUAUGCAGCAGCAGGGGACUACAGCCCCCCGGCUGCAAUUACGGGGGAGAACGGAGGAGCAGAACAGAGUUUCUCCCAGCACCGCUCACACAAGCGCUCAGCCCCCUGUUCACAGCCUAACGACCCUUUAAAGAAUGCAGAGCCUCGUCUGCUGGACCUGGUGAGCAGCGAGUUGCAGGACUGCAGUCCAGCGUUGCUGUGGGGUGAGCUGGCCGGACACACUCACAUCAAAGCUGCACUGGAGGAGGACCUGCUGUGGCCUGUGCUGAGGCCCAACCCUGCCGUCCACCCGCCUAGAACCGUCCUCAUGUUUGGCCCGCAGGGAGGGGGUAAAACCACGCUGGUGCGUUCCAUGGCUUCUCAGCUUGGCGCUACUUUCUACCGGCUGAGCGGCUCCACGCUGGCCUCCAAAUGGAAGGGUGAGGCAGAGCAGCUUCUGGCCACGUUGUUCUCGGUGGCAGCUGCUAGGCAACCAGCCGUGGUGAUGCUCAGCGAGGUGGAGGCUCUGAAGGAGGAGGGUCUCCGACAGCAGUUGCAGGCCCAACUGGAGAAAGCACAGCACGGGCAGACGGGUGGCCCGGCCUUGGUUGUGUGCACCACGCGCCGGCCUGACCUGCUGAAAGAGCCCCUGCUGCGCUGCUUCUCCAAGCGCUACCACGUAGCCUUGCCCGACGGGAGCGUGCGCAGGCAAGUGCUGCUUCAGGCCCUGGCACCUCAAGGCUGCAGCCUGAGCGAGCGGGAGUUGGCCGCCGUGCUGCAGCGCUCAGAGGGAUUCUCCAUCUGGGAGCUCCUGCAGCUCUGCCAGCAAGCCCUGGCUUCUGCCUCUGCCUCCACCCCUGGUUCUCUGCACGGCCUCCCCGCUCCUCUCACCGCUCCCGCCUUCAAAGACUUCGAGAAUGCCUUCUGCAAGGUACGCCCCCACAGCACCCCUAAAGAACUGGACACUUGUAUGGAGUGGAGCAAGGUGUACAGCCACUGAUGUACCAGUUUUGUAGCUGGAAGGGGACUGCUAAUCUGUAUUUUCUCUUUGCGUUGAUGCGCAAAGCCUUGUGGAUGUUCUGUUUAUUUUUUUUUUUUAACUUCUUACUUGCAGCCAAAAGAUGGGGUUUAGGUUGGGAAAUCUCAACUUUGGGUGUGGUGACAUUUCCAAUUGAAUGCAAUUUAACUGGGAAGCCAUGGUGUGUU